AUGAACGGAGGCAUCGGCGGCGGCGGGAUCCUGUCGUAUGAGAAGCUGGAGGGGUACGCGGUAUGGGUGGGCGCGAGCGUGGCAGCGGCCUUCUUCAUCUCCAUGGAGCGGUGCUCCUGCAUCCACCUCCACACCAUGGACGACGACGAUUGCGACGACCCCGAGGAGGCCAAGGACCGGCCCCUCAUGCUCUCACGCCCGCAGGCCCUCCCCGAGUACUACUACGACCGGACGGGGUCCUCCGCCUCGUUCGCCAAGAUGUGACGAUCGAGGUCGAUCAUCUCGUGUGAUCUGCUGUUUUUUUUAGUUCUUUUAAUUGUUGAUUAGGUUUUUCUUUUUGUGUUUUCUCAUGAUUCGUCCGUGCUAUGAUCUAACUGUGUUAUUCGUGUGAGGCUUUCAAGAAAUCCAGCUCCUCAUUGUUCAUGCACGAUUUAGAGGGCAGGUUAAUCCGUGAUUUUGUACUGUCUAUUGGCGAAUCUUCUAGAAUUCGAUUCCGAGAUGGAUCAUGUCCCGCAUUUUUGCCACAUUGUAUCUUGGAGCUAGAGUACAUGUUAUUUGGGCGUAUGCGCGUCACCAUGUUUGAUUGUUGUAACGCGUAGCUGGAACGUGAACCUCACAGGUUACAGAUCAUGUUUCUACGUGGGGAGAAAAUGGGCGCUGGUAGUUGUUUCCCCAUCCCAAGUUCGUUUUCACCCUGGUUCAGCCAUAUCUUUUCCUUAUUCUCUUAGUUCUUACAGUACGAGAAUAGUUCACAGACACGACGAAAGGAAACAUGUUUCGAGAGAGCCAACUUCCAGAUGUACCAGA